GGAUUACGUGAAGCGGUCCGGCGGCAAAUCUGCCCUGCCGGCGUUUUUCCUGUAGUAGUGUUUCCUCUUGUUAAGGCCGGUUUUAAUUUCCUUAGUAUCGGGAUAAGCGAUUUCGAGCCGCUGUGUUUCGUUCCUACAGGGGUUUAUCUGAUAUUAUUCAGGUUGAAUUUCGAUUUCCUGCAACUAUUUAAAAGACCAUACGAACUUCGAAAAGAACAAUUCAUGGCUUCCUCUACCGUUUCAUCACCCAUGUCGGUGCUCGACCGGCUCGGCUGCUACCUGGUCGGGCUGGAAACCAGCAUUUUUGACGAAAGCAAGCGCAAAUUGCUGUUUGCUUUGGUUUUGCUCCACGGGAAUAUUGUCGUGUACGCCUUCGCGUAUUGGAUCACGCAACCAGUCCUGCCAUACUUAUCCAAAUCCCUCGGAGCAGACGCCGUCACCUUCGGAUACCUCCAAACGGUGACGAACAUCAUGCAGAUUUUGGGUGGCGCUGCGAUCGGGCGGUACGUCGACGUGUACUCGCCCCGCCUCGGCAUGGUGGUUACCACGUUGGGGUCUGCCGUGGCCUACCUGUCGCUCGGCUUCAGCUUUCACACGGCUCUGCUCUUUCUAUCCCGGCUACCAACCUGCCUGAUGCAGUGCAUGCAGGUGGCGCAAAGUUACGUGCCCAAGCUCUUGCACACGUAUGGAAUAACGGAAGAGGUAGGGUGAUUCGUUCUCCAUUAGAUAUCUUCGUGCCACUUCGCCGGCGCGGUGUUUUUAUUCGAUAAAUUUAAAUCGUUUAUUUCGACGAAGGAUCAUCGACCUGGAUGUAGUCUUGUUCAACAAGAUUUUACUCUCUCCAACAUUCUUCAGCACCACACCAGCGUUCUAAUGGGGCGUUUUAUCGAAGAAAAAGACUGUGUUAGUGUAACUUUCUUUCAGAAACAGCAUCACAAAUUUGCUCUACAUGACAGAGAAAACCUGUCAUGCGUGGCCUGUAAGGCAAAACACACAUGAAAAGAAGGCUCUAUGGCUGUCUGGCAUGACAGGUGUAACUCUGUUGCAUGUUCUGCAACACAAAUUUACACUUACACAGUUUUUUUCUUGCAUACGUUUAGCGCUCUCCUACGGCCUGGGAAUGGUACCGGGUUCUGCGUUAUGAAAUGUAAAAAUGUCUGGGUCUGGAAGAAUUCAUGUUUGUCAUGCUUGUCUGGCAUGACUCUUAAGUCUGUGAUGCAUGAGCAGGAAACGGGCCUCUUGCCUGUCAUGCAAAAACGCAGUUUGUCAUGCGAAAAACGAAAUACACAGCAGCGCAAAAACUUGUCAUGCUGGUGGGCUGCAUAUGGUAGUGCGCCCACAAUUCGUAGAUUUGCAUCACAAGUUCCAGACCCAGACAUUUUUGUAAUCCAUAUGCGUGCGGUGGUUUCCUCGCGGAAAUCUUCGGCUUCAACUUCGUCGCAUUCUUUGCGGGCGUUUUAAGCCUCCUCAUUGCGGCCGUUGACGCGCAGUUUCUUGCGGAUGUCGACGACCACAAGAGCGACAAAAAGAAGGAUAGCGCGACUGCAGCAGUAGAGGCGGAAAAAGAAAUAAAGAAAAGCGAGGACGUAUUUGGGUUCAAGAACUACUACAAGCUGCUCACUACCAAUAAGGAACUCCGCUCCUCACUUCUGUUCACCACCAUUAUCACGGCCGGCUUCACGAUGCAGCAAAGUUCCUUUUCCGUGGCCGCGAUCGACACCUUUGACGUGAGCAGUUCGGAAAUGGGUAUGCUCAUGUCGACCUCUGCGGCGGUUGGAGUGUAUCAAAUGUAAAAAUGUCUGGGUCUGGAAGAAUGCAUGUUUGUCAUGCUUUUCUGGCAUGAGCAUGACUCUUAAAUCUGUCAUGCACGUUGCCCAAGAGCCGCACUUUUCUGUCAUGCGGAGACGCAGUUUGUCAUGCAGAAUAGGCAACACCUACAAGCUCAGAAAUUUGUCAUGCUGAGCCAGCACUUGUGGCCUCCUCAUGCUACGCCACUCAGCAUCACAAGUUUCCAGACCCAGACAUUUUUGCAUUUGAUAGAGUGGUGGUGAACACGAUUGGGAUCAAAGCCCCGUAUCGUAAGGAAAAUCCCCUCUCCCCAUAUCGAAAACGUAUCCGUCUGAAAAUUUGUGAUGCGCAUUUGUGACCUCAAAUCCUGUCUGUCUUGCAAGAAGGCAAACCCAGAAAGCGCUCCGCAUUUUGCAGGCGGUUUGUGAUGCUGUUGGGCUUAGAGCAUACACGUUUGCCAUGCUAGGCGCCUACGUCAAAACCUCUCGACUGAGGCUUGGCAUAUGCCUGCAGUCCUUUACUGCAGGACAAAUCUGAUGUGUGUACGAAAAUCCAGCAUCAGAAACUUCGAUUCGAUAUGGGGAGGGGGGAUUUUUCCUUGCAAUACCCCGGUGCAGUACUUUGGGGAGGAAAAGGCCAUUCAGUACGCCAGCACGGUGAUCCUGAUGAUGUUUUUGGUGUACAGCCAGGCAAAAACGAAGCUCCACAUCGUCGUGCUCUUCUUCCCCCUAGCCGUCGCGGCGGCGUUUCUGUACACGGUCAUGACAAGUCUCACAUCCCGCACCGCCCCCACAGAAGAGCAGGGCUCGGCCAUCGCGCUGCGGCACGCAACCCGCAGCGUCGUCGGGAUCGUCAUUCCGCCGGUCGCCGGGUACGUGUUGCAAAACUACGGUUUUCCGGCCACGGGGCUGUCGGCAGCGAGUUGCAUUUUCGUAGCAGUCACGUCGGCGAGGCUUUUUGGGCUGGUCGCGCGGCCAGCAUCUCCGAAUCCCGAGAAAAAAACGCAAUAAGAAGUGUUUUGAUUGAAGAAGAAGAAGUUUGGCUUUCUUGCGACAAUUUAUCCGUAGGGCAAGACAGUGUGAACAUGAAGAUAGGUUUGAUGCAAAUUUCAAGAGUGCAUUUCAGCCGUGGUAAGCCGACUCCGGUUUGUUUUUGGUACCCAGUACGUCUAUCAGUCGAAUGAAAACUUUUGUCGAUCGGUAAUAUCGAUGCUGUGAGGGUCCACAUGUAAUUUCAUUGUUGUAAAAUACAGUCCAUUUUUAGCCCGCCAGUGGCCUUAGGUGAU